AUCCGUGUGUGCUGCUAUUCCAUUCACUUGAUCGCCCAACGUCGAGGCGUACGUACGUACCGAUUCCUAAGAAAGUGCUUCGCUUCAUAUUAGAAGGACCAUACACGCGAUUUGUGAGAGCCACAACCGGCGCUUGCAUAGUUACCUAUACCUAGUGUGUGAGUUACAGUGCAGAACAUUUGCGUUGAUUUGUUUCUUUUUUUCCUUCUGUUGCUUCGAUUGCGGUUGAAUAUUCUGGUGUAACGUGUUCGAAUUCGAUUCGAUUUCAAUCGAGGGUGGUGGGCGCCUUUCGGUUCGCCGAUCAUCAAUCAACAACGCCCGAAAAAAAAAACGGAAGCACGUAACAGCGUCAGCUCAGCUCGUUCAGCUACAUAACAUCGGAUCGAAAUCCAUGUGACGGCACCGAUUUGCCGGUGCGACUGAUAAUAAGUGGGGAAGGUCCUGAAACCCCUAAACUCGAAUCAAACGAUAGCAGCAGCAACCCAAUUAGAGUGGUGUAAUCUAACGUGUGGUGUUUGUGUGUAUGUUCGGAGAUUGUGGGUUCCCGAAGACAAAAGCUUCCGUCCGUCCGUGUGUGUUUCGUCUUUCGCUAUUUUGUGAAUGGCGAGCGAGCAACUGAAGCGAGGAUUCGAUUAAUGAAAAGGAUCUAACGGUAAAUUGCGAUUCUUCUUCUUCGUCUUUUAUGUUCGCGCGGUGUGUGUGUCGGUUGGCGAAACAUCAACCGUGCUUGUAAAAGGUCCGUGUGUGACCUUUUAUUCCAUUCCAUUCAUUGUCCUGAACGAACGAACGAACGAGUAAUUUAGUUCCUGCUGCCGCAGUCAGGUGUGUUUCAUUCCGUGUCCUGACUGACCGACUGACUGGAAUUUCCUCUUCCAUUCACGGAAGUUACUCGAAUGCGGUAAAGUGGAUUAGUGUGGCUAAUGACAUAGAGAAGAGUGUGUGCGGAAAGUAAUCUAACCGGAGUGCUUAGUGAAGCUUAAACGGAUUAAAGUGUAACCUUCCUGGGAACGUGAGGUGCCCCAAAAAUUGGCCAGAAGGUGGUGAUUCACCUGACAGUUAAAAUUCGGAUGCAAUAGCAAGCAGUUGGUGCCAUCCCAGCAUGACAAUGUCGCAAAUCCUGAAGCAAACCAAGAAAUGUUGUGUAAAGAUUAUCCGGAAAUUCUCCUUCCAACCGGGCAGCAGCAGCGGCAGCGGUUCCACAUCCUCCCCGUCCUGUUCGACUGCGGUGACGGCAAAGUCAAGUAAGGGAGGUGGGCCGACGUCAGGUCGGUCGAUAUUGCUAAACAACCGAGCGACGAGCAAGUACCAGCUGCACCGGAACUGCACCCCGACCCGGUGCAAAGUGCAACCUAGUUCACCGGAACGGUUCGGAAGUGGUGCCGGAGAAAGUUGGACCAGUGGAGUUGAGGAGGAACCUUCGGUGCGGAGACGACUGGAACCGACGAGUGCGGUCAACGAGUCGACGAUACCGGCCACCCAGAACAACUACCGGGUGACCCGGGAUGGGAAGAAUUUGCCGAGGAAAAGAACAAACAUCAGCAGCAACAAGAAUGUGAAUCUGAAAAAGUGCUUCCGGUUGAGGGGUGGUCCCGGCGGAGGGUUUAAAGAUAUGGUGGCAGAUGGUGCCGGGAUGAAUAAUAGCAGCGUCGUGACGUCUAAAUUGGAUAAGAUCAGCAAGACGCUUUAUCACGUAGCCGGAGGAAGUGGGGUUGUGGAGACGAAUGAUGGUAAGCUAUGCGGAGGAAGUGUUGUUAAUACCAAUAAUCUGGCCUCGCAGACGUCGGAGAAGAGCAAAAUCUCGAAGCCGCUGUUUUUGAGUGGCAAGCAUAAAAAGUACAAUCAAAUCGAGACGCAAUUUGGUCCUGGGGAGGAGGAGGACGACGAAGAUGACGAGUUUAUGGCAUGCGAAUUCGAUGGUUUCCGGUCGCAUUCUUCACACCAGGAAAGUGGUGGCCGGUUACAGUUCGAGUUGAGUCAACCGAUGCCAGAGGUUCAAACAACCCCCCGAAUGGAACGACGUUCGAUUAAUCUGGAAGAGAUUGUCUUCGAGAAGGUGAAAUUCGAUCGGAACAAGCGUUACCUGAGGAAUGAAACCAGUUCUCCGUCCACGGCUAGCAACCGAUCUCAGAACGGUUCCUACGUAGCGUCCCACUCCGCAGACAGUAUUCUGUCCUUCAGCUUCGAGUACAAUUCCGACCAUCCGCUGGCUCAGGUGGUGACGAGCAAAAGCGAAGAUUUUAUCGACCCCUGGCGGAAUUACAAUCUCAACAAUCGGCUGAACAAGGUCUCAAAGAACCCCUGGGACUCGUACCCGCAAAAGUGCGAAUCCCCCACCCAAACACUUCCGUCCCCACUACAGCGGCCUUCCUGGAACCCCUUCAUCGACGAAAUGGCCUCCAGUCCAACGUCCAGCCCUGUGAAUCAGCCGCAACAGCAAAACAAAACAUAUCCCCCGCCCUACCAGGUCCGGACCGACAUCUGGCAGAACCUGAACAACAAAAACUACGAAAUCGACUCGGACGUCAUCUGGCGGACGUCCAACUCGUCCCGGCGCACCUCGGCCAGCACCGUCGAGACGUGGAUCGAGGACGAGGUGUUCGACAACAGCUUCAACGAGGAGCUGGAACGGCGCUGUGCCACCCUCAAGAUCUAACACCCGGCGGAAGCGGAUGAUUAGAAUCAUCGGAAUCAGUAGUCAGAAACCUAGAGACAGAUGAGAGAGAGAGAGAGCAAUACCUUGUGUCUUUUCCGCCUUCGUCGCAGAAAAGAUCAGCAAUGUGAGCUUUAAGUGAACAAAAAAUCAACCUUUAAAGUUUAGGAAGUACUUAACUUAUUUCUUCGCCACGACAAUGCUAGUUCUCAACUUCGCCUAAACGUUUACUGUAAAAGGAAAAGCAUGUGAUAUUAUUAAUUAUUUAUACUUAACUAUUAGCAAUAAUUCGAGAAAGAAAACACAAUCAAUCAUUCGAUAACUUUAAGUUAAGCGCGGCAGCUUUAGGUAGCACUCCUGAUUUGUGUUUUGUGCUGUUUAGUUUUUUUUUUCUUGUGAUUUUUUAUUUUCUGUUGAUUGAACUGAUGAUCUCAUUUUAGUUUUUUUAAAUAAUAUUGUGACUACCCUUUAAAACGGAAUGUUUAGCCUUUAAGUACCUACCUACUUAAGUCUAUCGAGAAAGUACGUACAAUUUUGCUUUAUGGUAACAAAAAACAAGACAAAAAAAACUCCAACAUCGAGAGAAAUUCAAACACUUGCGGGACAGUUUCUUCUCUCUACCAUACAUUAGUACCUUGACAACAUUAUUAUAUACAUUCUUGAACUAACAAAAAAUUUAGCAAAAAAAAAGUAAUAUAAACAGCAGAGAAUGUAGAACAAAAUUUUUCGAAAUCAAAUCUUACAAAGCAGAAAAGCAAAAUUAUUGAAAAAGGUAGUGUUUUUGAGAGCGAACAUGUUAACAACAAACAAAAGAGAAUAAAAAAAAACGUCUUGAUUUUGAUAUUCCACCACUUUUCAACUCCUUUGAAAAUUAGAGAAAAAUAGAACAAAAAUCUGUGAAGAGCAAUGUAAGAAAAAAAAAUAGAAACCAGCCCCAGUUAGAGAAAGGAAAACGUUUGAAAAAAUCAGCUUUACGCAAGAAAGAAUAUUAAAAAAAUGCAAACAAUCAAGUCAAAGUUAGUUAAGAAUAUGUAUUCACACCAGUGUGACAAGAAUGAUGUUGAAGGGGCAGGAAAAAACAUUCAACCGGCAAGAAAAAGGGGAGAGAGAUAAACAAAAAAUCUAUAUAAUAAAACAAA